AUGGUGAUGCCAGUAGCGAAGAGCGAAAUAGAAAUAUGCAAUGAUGGAUUGGGACUGUGUGGAAGCGAUUGCAACGAAAGGUGUGUUGCAAAACAUGCAGGAGGGCAGGGAAGUUGUGAUUACAUCAUAAAACCUCCAUUGUGUAGCUGCCAAUACUACUGCGGUACGCCUUCUCCUACUCCGGUGAAGAGAUGCACCAUCGGUUUAGGUAUAUGCUCUGCCGCUUGCAAUACCCCGUGUUGUAACGAUAAUUGUGCUAAACAAUUCAAGAAUGGUCAGGGAUUUUGCGAUGACUGCGUCGGUAUUAGCCUCUGUCAAUGCCAGUAUGAUAGCUACAAUUACUUACUACUCUAA